UAUACUACAAGCACACACUCAACGGUCGGAAAGGGAGUGCACUUCGUAGUGCGCAGGGAGUAGGAAGCAUAGUGUGAUUUAACAAAGCCGCGCAUGCGUACUACUAGUGUUUGUGAUCGCGCAACAUGGCGAGUAAGAAGAGUUCACUGCUGUCUUCAUUAGCCGCGUAUGGAGAUUCAGAGCCGGAUUCAGAUCCCGAAGCUGAUGAGAACGAAGCUCUGGGUGGUCUGGUGUCGGCCAGUUACGGAGAUGAAGACGUCAGAGCCGGAGAGAGAAACCGGAAAGUUUCGGGGAACGAGGAGAGCGAGGAGGACGACGAGGGCGACAAACAUUCUGAGGUGGAGGAUUCAGACUCAGGAGAACCCUACGAUGAUCCUCAGGACGUCGUGACCGUUGAGAAAAAGGAUCCGAACGAGCUGGUCGCUCAGUUUUCGGAGAAGGUGAGGAACAUGUGUCCUGAGGAGAUCCGAAUCCCUCCUGAACCUCCGGGCCGCUGCUCCACCCAUCUACAGGAGAAGAUCUACAAACUGUACGAGAGGAAGUUAAAGGGCGACUUCGACACCAACAGCCACAUCCAGAAGAAGAAAGAGUUCAGGAACCCCAGCAUCUAUGAGAAGCUCAUCCAGUUCUGUGGAAUCGAUGAACUGGGAACCAAUUACCCUAAAGACAUGUUCGACCCUCACGGCUGGGCCGAGGAUUCGUAUUACGAGGGUUUAGCCAAAGCUCAGAAGAUCGAGAUGGAAAAGCUGGAAAAGGCCAAAAAAGAACGGACCAAGAUCGAGUUCGUCACGGGAACCAAGAAGGGAACCAGUACCAACUCUGCUGCGGUGACCGCCAACACCACCACCACGUCAGCCGCAGACGCUCAGAAGAGGAAGAGUAAAUGGGAUUCGGCGGUGCCGGUGACCCUGGCCCAGCCCGUUCUCCUCACCACCACCGCCACCCUCCCCGGGGUGGUAUCGGUCACCACCACGGCCAGCGGCACCAAGACCACGGUCAUCUCCGCCGUGGGGACCAUCCUGAAAAAAGCCAAGCAGUGACGCCGUUCGCCGGUACACCUGGGAGCCAGGUGACAGGAAGUGACAUCACGUUGGGACUUUCGGUGUUCACUUAUGACUAGAGACUCAUUUUGGGGGGGGGAAGGGGGGCAUCGAGUGCUCCACAUCUGCACCACAUCUGCCCCCGACCCGCCGCUGAGAGAAAUCGGGAUUGAUUUUAAGAUUACGAACGUGUCUGUGCAGUAAGUUUAUGGACGCGUCGCGGCUCGUUUCACAUUUUCUUAGUUUUAUGAUGUCAUCAUUGGACGUACAACUGAACAUGGGGUGCACAAACUUAUCAGUGAGACCGCACAGGUCGGAUGUGAUCGGUUGGCGUGAAUCGAGGGAUGAAGCGAAUCCCGACGGUGCAGGAUGAGUGAAUCACUGCUGAAGUUACGAUGUUUAUAACAGAAAUAAAGGUUUUAUAUCGGUGAUGAAGCGC